ACUUGGCAGAGGGGUCCGAGAGGAAGUCUGAGAAAGCUACAAAGAUGCCUUAGCUCACCCUGACCCAGUUCUGGAUGCAUCUGGCACAGGCGAUGGCUGGACGGAAACUUGCUCUAAAAGCCAUCGACUGGGUAGCUUUUGGGGAGAUCAUACCCCGCAACCAGAAGGCUGUUGCUAACUCCCUGAAAUCCUGGAAUGAGAUCCUCACCUCCAGGUUGGCCGCUCUGCCUGAGAAGCCACCUGCUAUCGACUGGGCUUACUACAAGGCCACUGUGGCAAAGGCUGGCUUGGUGGAUGACUUUGAGAAGAAGUUUAAUGCCCUGAAGGUUCCUAUGCCGGAGGAUAAAUACACUGCCCAGGUGGAUGCUGAAGAAAAAAAUGAUGUGAAAAUAUGUGCUGAGUUUGUGUCUCUCUCUAAGACCAGGAUUGAGGAAUACGAGAAAGAGCUGGAGAAGAUGAAGAACAUAAUUCCAUUUGAUCAGAUGACCAUUGAGGACUUGAAUGAAGUCUUCCCAGACACCAAGUUAGAUAAGAAGAAGUAUCCCUACUGGCCUCACCAGCCAAUUGAGCAAUUGUAAACUUGAGUCUGGGAGAAAGCUCUGGCCCUUGAAUUAUAAACUCUGGACAUUAAACAUAAUUAUAUAGUGC